UACACACGCGAACACACACACAGAAACACACCAGUCCCACCUCCCUGUAACCAAACUAGUGAAGCCAAUCCAAGCGAUUCUCCGCAGUGCUGAAAGAGCAGCGAAGUAAAGGAGAAGGAAGAGGAGUGAGAGAGGAGGAGCAAAAGAGAGGAGAAAGAGGGGAGAUUUGGGGAAACACGAGUCAGAGGCAGAGUGGGUGUGUGGCGAGAGCAGCAGAUACUGUAGGAUAAGGGAGAGAUAGGAGGGGGAGAAACUGCAAAUUUGGUGUUUGGCUUCUCAGCGCGCACAUCAUCUCAGCUGCACUGUUCAGCUCUUUGCUCUGCAGGAUGAGUUCGUUCAGCACGAGAGCGCUCACUCUGCUCUCGUCGGUGUUUGGAGCUUGUGGGUUGCUGCUGGUGGGCGUUGCUGUAUCAACGGACUACUGGCUACUGAUGGAGGAGGGAAUCGUUCUGCAGCAGAACCAAACCAUGGAGGUCAAGAUGGCGCUCCACUCCGGGCUCUGGAGAGUCUGUUUUGUUGCAGGACCUGAGAAGGGCAGAUGUGUUGCAUCGGAGUAUUUCACUGAACCAGAGAUAGAGAUCACAACAGAAAACACAGCCAACAUACUAAAAAUGGUCCGGACAGCCACACCGUUUCCCAUGGUCUCCCUGCUCUUCGUCUUCACCGCCUUUGUCAUCAGCAAUAUUGGUCACAUCCGACCACAGCGCACCAUUCUGGCCUUCGUUUCUGGGAUAUUCUUUAUACUAUCAGGUCUCAGUCUGGUGGUGGGUUUGGUUUUAUACAUUUCCAGUAUUAAUGACGAAGUGAUGAAUCGACCCAGAGAGCCAGAGCAGUUUUUUCACUACCACUACGGCUGGUCCUUUGCCUUCGCUGCCUCCUCCUUCCUGCUCAAAGAGGGUGCAGGAGUGAUGUCUGUCUACCUCUUUAUGAAGCGUUAUGCAGAGGAGGAGCUCUACCGCCCCCAUCCAGCACUCUACCGCCCCCGUAUGUCUGACUGCAGCGACUACAGUGGCCAGUUCCUUCAUCCAGACUCCUGGGCUCCACCACAGCGGGGCCGAAGUCCCUCUGAUGUCUCCUCUGACAUCUCCAUCCAGCUCAACCAGACCCCGCCGCCUCAGCAAACCCUAAAGGGCGGCAGUAGCUCCCAGGCAACGCCUUCUUCUUCCGGGCCUUCAUCAGCUGCCAGCUACCAGCUCCAUCCUGCGUCUUCCUCCUCCACAUCCUCCUCAUAUCCACACCCCCUUCACCCAGGUGCCACCUCUACCCUGACUAGGGUGCCACAUGCUCUCGCCCACUCGCAAUCACAUCCCCAUUCGAGCGGGCCCCCACCUCAGUCCCUGCCGAUGGUAGCACCUCCCUCUGCCGUGCCUCCUCCUCACUACCACACACACACACGAAUGAGUGCCUCACCAUGCUAGGCUGGGAGAGCAUGGAGUGGGGUGGGGGUGGGAUACAGCUGGGGUUGAUACACCAAGUGGGGGGGGGGUACCUAUGUUAUAGCUCCUAAGGCACUCACCAGAUGCACACAAACGCUAAUCCUGCUCCCUUAAAGUGUGUGGGAGGAGGGAUACAGCAGAGCAACUGAACGAAGGAGGUUCAAGGAGCAGAAAAGAAAAAGGGGAGAGGAGGGAAAAAAAAGGAGGGAAGGGUGGAAGAAAAGCAGGUGGGCGAAAGGAUGAGUCACUGUAAUGCUGAGCCCGAGAUGAAGACAGACGCUUAACAAAACUUUAACACGCUGGGAGGGGAACACGCGAUGGGAGGAGUGAGGAAUAUGAUGAUUAGUAGCAACAAGACACUCAUGGGGUUUUCUGAUGAAUACAUUCAUCAUCAUGAACUUGAUACAAAGGCAACAGCAUGAAGCGGCAAACAACUUAGGAAAG